UUAGUUACAUAGCUUUUGUGUGAUCUCCAACGUACAUUUUCCUGUUAUCUCCACCUGCCUUGCUUAUAUUUUACUAUCCCAAAUUUUCUGGUCUGAAUUUUGAAGAUGAAGAAGAUGAAUCGAAUUGGGCAGAUUGUGAAACUGAGACAAUUCGUGAAAAAAUGGAAGACCCGAGCUCAGGAUUCCCCCAGUACUACCGGCUGCAGCCUGUCGCCCAGGUCGAAACACUCGUCCUCCUUCUCAUACGACUCUGAGGAAGAAUGCUGCAGGCGACCGGCGGCGCCGCCACCAGACGUGCCAGAAGGUUAUUUGGCGGUGUAUGUGGGGCGAAAGGGAGAAGAUCGGACGCGAUUCAUUAUUCCCACAGCUUAUCUCACGCACCCAUUUUUUCGGAGUCUGCUGGAUAAGGCCGAGGAGGAGUUCGGAUUCGAUCACCAGGGGCGCGGACUUACAAUUCCCUGUGAGGUGAGCCUCUUUAAUCAGCUUUUGCGUGUGUUGGGGGGAGAUGAAAGCCUCAGGAUCCAUGAUCUUUUUGAGUUUUUUUCUAAUGAAAUGGACUGCGGUUCUCAGGCUAAAGCCUCGGAUUCGUUUCCCUUGUACAGUUUUGGGUUCAAGAAUUUAAUGUUGUGAGUUUUGGGUCUUGAUCAUUAUUGGUCCUCUCGUCCCAUAAAGCUGUGACCUUUUUUUGGUUUGAGUUGCUUUAAUGGAGAUGGCAUGUUUUGGGUACUUUGAUCAGAAAAAGGGUUUGUUUUUGGUGGGCUGUUGUAUAGAUCAGUGAAUUUGGGUAUAUGGCCAAUUGUUUCUGCAACGAUUGUGGAAAUAUGUGGUUUGGGGGUUAAUUGUUUGCUUGGGAAGAUGGGCUGCAUCGGAGGAAAGUGAGAAUACUGUAAAAAGUUUUCCGAUUUUGUAUUGUCUGUAAAUUGUAUAGAUAUUGGAUAUACAAUCUGAAUUUUCUUCUA